AUGAUUAAGAAUUAAGGAGACAGAUAUCAUCUUAUUGACAAAAAUGCUUUGGAGGAGAAGAAGUUAGAUAGUAAUGAGUUAACAGAAUUUGUAAAAUCAUCAGGGCUAAUCGAUAUAGGGAAAAAAUACAAUAUUGUGUCAAUUAUAGGUAGUCAAAGUACAGGGAAAAGUACAUUGCUUAACUACCUUUUUGGAACACAAUUUGAUGUUUAGAAUAGGUAAUAAAGUGUGGGUUAAACUACUGUUGGUAUUUGGAUCUCUAAAGAUGUCAAAAAUAAUGUUGUAGUUUUGGAUGUGGAGGGAUCAGAUUCUGUAGAGCGAAAAUCAGGAGAGAAUAUGGUUGAAAAUCAAACAGCAUUAAUGGCAUUAGCUAUGUCGCAUUGCUUUAUCAUCAAUGUAUUUGUUAAUGCCUUAGGCUAACAUACGAGUUGUUAAUUAUCCAUCAUCAAAAUCAUUAUGCAAUAGAAUUUGAAGCUAUUUCAAUAAGACACUGUUAAGCACAUUAUUUUUGUUGUAAGGGAUUGGGAUGAGGAGUAUAACUAUGACGAGGCUUCUCGUAAAUUGAAUGGUUAUUUAUUGAACAUAUGGAAUGAGAUACCAAAACCUGAUCAAUAUAGGGAGACAGAUUUCCAUGAAUUAUUUAGUGUUUAAGUAGUUACACUAGUCUAUUACAAAUUGAAAAACGAGUUUGCUGAAUAAACAAACUAACUUCAUUCAAAAUUAGCCAACUAAUAGGAUCCCAAUUUCAUUUUUAAAGAUUUUGAUUAUGAGAAAAAUGUGAGAUGGUCAGACAUGCCAUAAUAUUUAUCCAAUAUUUGGGUGGUCAUAGCAAAUAAUAAAGAUUUGAAUUUACCAAACGAGAAGAUUCUGAUUUCCAAUAUGAGAUGCUAGUAAAUCAAAUUGGAAGCAUUGGAAGGAGUCAAGGAUUUAACUGAGGAUUUAUAAAAUAGAGUAAGAACCUAGUUUGUGGAAAAUUUUGGUUAAUAAUGUUUAUCAAUUUUGGGUGUGGCUCAAAAAAUAUAUGACAAAGAUGCCAAAGAUUAUCAUGCUGAUGUUUAUAAAGAAAAGGAAAAGGAGUUAAGAGACGAAUUGAUGAACAAAUUCUACACUUACUUUUAAAGAUAGACUGAAUCACUUAAGCAACAUUAUAUGAAUAGGUUAUCAGAGAAUCUUGAGACAUUGAAGAGAGAAAGUAUCUACGAUUUACCUGAUAAGUUGAACGAAGUGGAUUUGUUAAAAGUGAACUUCGAAGAAUCAUUAUCAAAAUCUGUAAUUGAAAAGGGAUUGUGGUAGGAGUAAGACCAUGUUGGAUUCUUUAAUUAAUAAUUCGAUAAUCAAUUAAAAUCAUUUGUUGAAGCCUAAUUAGCAUCAUUUAAAUAACAAUUGGACAACAUCAUCAAAUCAGAAUGUGACAAGAUUGUGAGUUAACAAGUCCUCAAUAUCUCACCAAAAUUUUGGUCAUAAAUUGAUGCAGAUUAUUAUACUAUGAUUUCAGAUAAAUAUUCAAAAUAUGAUGCAUUACUAUCAGGAUUGAGAGUUCAAUGGAAACAAAUUGAUGAUUAUUUGAGUAAGUUCGAAGAAGAUAGUUUUCAUAAUCUCAAAUAAGUAAUUGCAGUAGCCAGUGGUAGAUUUAAAGAUUAGUUAUUCCAACAAUUCAAAGCUUAAUUCGUUAGAACUGAAGAUGGACAACCUAGAAAUUGGUAGAAAACAACUGAAGAAGAGAUAUUCCAUAUUUAUACUGAAGCAAGAGACAAGGUCUUCUCAUUCUUAGACAUACUCAGAAUUAGAAAAGUUAAAUUCAUAAGAAUACAAUAAACCAUGAAAAAAAUAGCAAAAACUCAUUUAGCUCCUUUCACUCCUUUAAAGGAAAAAAUCUCAUAUUAAAUCUCCGCAGAUACUGAUUCUGAUGAUGUUGUACUGAACGAAGUUUUUUAUACAUAAGUGAAAAUGCAAUUGGCAGAAGACAUCGAUGUAUAAUAUUAAGAUGCCAUUCAAAAACAUAAACAAGAUUUCCUAUAGAACAUUCCAAAGCCAUUUUGGUUCCUAUUAUUAUUCUUCAUGUAUGAUGAUGUCUUAAGAUGGAUGGGUAAUCCAUUGUUCCUCUAUCCAAUCUUGAUAAUCUUAUGCUUUAUUGGAUUUUGCAUUGCUAUAGGUCUACAUAGUCUACCCAAACUAGCAUUUUAAACGGUCUUUAGAACAAUUAAUUAGGCUUUGUUACCCCUAAUAUUUGGAGGUAUUUCAAAAUUAAAAACAAGUUGA